AUGUUGACCGUGUGCCUGGAAGACCAAGGCUACGAAGGCUUUGCCGUCUACUACAUGCUGACAUUGGUUGACAAGGACCGCGCCGUCUUCUACAAGGUUGGUCGGACCUGCGGCAGCCGACUCCCCAUCAGGAUUGAGGAUUAUCACCAGCAGGCACGCUGGCAAGAGCAUGGCUUUGUCAUCUGCGACGUCCUCAUGAUGGGCGUUUCCCACACGGAGUGGCCGGCCAAGAGAGCAGAACAACACAUCCAUGGCGUCAUGAAGCAGCGAAAGCUGGCACUGUGUCUAGAAGAAUCCGAGGUCUACAAGUCAGAUGCCAAAGGGUAUCUUGUAGCUUUGUUCCACGAGACCUACAAUAUGACCGUAGAGCAGUUUCGUGCAGAGGAGAUGUACAGAGGGCCGGACGGCCACCGGUUCGUCACGUCCGUUGUGUUUGAUGAUGCGCCGUGA